AUGAAGCCACUCACGACGAUGUCAUCCACAUUUCCAGCCAUUGCUGACGUAUCUGGAUCUUCCGCAUGCUUCCGCCAUCUGCUCCAGGGCCGAGAAGCUGGCGCUCGCGAAGUGGCCUGGCAAGAUGAAGCUCCUGGGCACACUGAUGUGCGUAUGCGGCGCGAUGUUCGUCAGCCUGUUCAGAGGCCGACGGUUGCACCUGUGGCCUACCCACUUGCUGAGAUACCUCACGGCCCUGCACCGGCGAGCCCCAACGGCCUUCACCACGGCGUGGUCGCCGGAACAUUGUUCUUGUGCGGCAGCUGUGUGAGCUACGCCGUAUGGUUCGUGGUUCAGGCUAGGCUUGCGAAGGUGUUUUCAUCCAAGUACUUGGCGACAACACUGACGUGCCUUGUGGGAAGCCUGCAAUCCUUGGUGGUUGGCAUUCUCCUCGGACAUGGCAGAGCUGAGUGGAAGCUCAAGUGGGACCUGCAGCUUCUGACCGUCGUCUACUCGGUGAUUAGUGACAACACAUAUCAUCAGCUGCCAGUUGAUCUGAUCGGUUCUCCCUAA